CGCCCGCCUUGCAAGGUUGUCUCUGAACCGGGGCUUCUCUUGGCGGCAGCCUUGAGGCGCUCUGGCUUGGAAAGGCGGAGUAUUAGGGGAAGGAAAGGUGCGGGGGCUCAGCCUGUUAAGUCUCCGCAGGACUCCUACUGUGGAAUACACGCGUCGUUCUUCUGUAAACGCCCCGUUUCGUUCCUUUGGUACCGAAGACAGACCAACAGAUAGGCCUAUACCACCUCGUGAUGAAGUAUUUGAAUACAUUAUAUUCCGUGGCAGUGACAUUAAGGAUUUAACUGUUUGUGAGCCACCCAAACCACAGUGUUCUCUGCCGCAGGACCCUGCCAUUGUUCAGUCCUCUCUAGGAUCAACUUCUACUUCUUCAUUCCAGUCUGUGGGCAACUAUGGUCCCUUUGGCAGAAUGCCAGCCUACAGCCAGUUUAGUCCAAGUCCAUUAGUGGGCCAGCAGUUUGGUGCUGUUGCUGUUGCUUGCCUAGGGAGCACUGGUCCAGCGGGUGGAGACGUGGGAAGAUUACCAGGAAGCUCACUGACCUCUUUUGGAACAGAAACAUCAGCCAACGCUGGUUUGUCACAGAGCAAUGCUGUCGGCUCCACUUUUGCAACGGAUGCAAGAUCGCUAAAAACACAGCUCUCCCAAGGUCGCUCAAGUUCUCCGUUAGACCAUUUGAGAAAGAGCCCGACCCUGGAACAGGCCGUGCAGACGGCAUCAACCCACUCAUCUGCAUCAGCACCGAUUGGGAGGAGGAGUCCCGUUGCAGCCAGGCCCGUGGGGCCUGCAAACCCAAAGUCCAUAGAAAAUCAGGAGCACAGGAGAGCUGAAGCACACAAGGUUUCAAGAUGUGAAGCAGAGCAUCUCAGAAACGAAAACAAACGUCAAAUGGUUGCAGGUGCGCCUUUGGUACGAAGGGGCCGUGGAGGUCACCGGGGAGGCAGAGGAAGAUUUGGUAUUCGACGGGAUGUUCCAAUGAAGUUUGAGAAAGACUUCGACUUUGAAAGUGCAAAUGCUCAAUUCAAUAAAGAAGAAAUAGAUCGCGAAUUUCAUAAUAAGCUGAAGCUGAAAGAAGAUAAACCAGAGAAGCCUGUAAAUGGAGAGGACAAAGGUGAUUCAGGUGUUGAUACCCAAAACAGUGAAGGCAACGCAGAUGAGGAUGACCCCCUUGGACCGAACUGUUACUAUGACAAAACCAAGUCCUUCUUCGACAACAUUUCCUGUGAUGACAACAGAGACCGACGACCAACCUGGGCAGAGGAGAGAAGACUCAAUGCAGAGACGUUUGGCAUCCCCCUGCGCCCAAACCGUGGCAGGGGAGGCUUCAGAGGCAGGGGGGGAGGUGGAGGAGUCAGCAACUUCCGAGGUGGUCGAGGGCGUGGAGGCACAAGAGGAAGUUUUGCUGCCCCUCGAGGAUUUCGUGGCGGAUUCCGAGGCGGACGUGGUGGGAGGGAGUUUGCGGACUUCGAGUACAGGAAAGACAACAAAGUGGCUGCAUAGGCUGCAAAGACAUUCAAAGCAGGUGGACUUGGAGAUCUUCAUCGUACAGAGAAUGUGUUGGUCUUCACAAAGAAUUGCGUUAAUUUGCUGUAAAACUUGUCACCAGCACUGGGGUUUCCUUUUAAUUUCAAAGGGGUAUGGAGCAGUAACCUUUUUGAAAAACAAAUGGCCAUCUUCAGAAACAAUGAGCAUUAAAUAUAUUUGAGAUAGAAGACUUAAGUAAUUUCUUACAAAUAGUUAAAAUAUAAAGCAGUACUUCAAUGGAAUUUUAAGUAUUUUUUUCAUCACGGAAAGGAUUUUUCUUAACUGAAAGUGUAUUUGAUAAUUGCUGCAGGCUGCAAAGACAAUUGUAUGCAGGAGGCCGUCAGUACUGUGAGUGUGUUGAUCCAGUAAGAGGUUGUUUUUGGAAAUCUCCCUUUUGAGAUAGCUGUACUUUUUGUCAGAUUGGGUGCUGAGCAGUAGAAGACUUGAUUUGUCAGUCAGAAAAAAAUGUAAACACAGUACAUCCUGUUUCUUGGGCAACAGAAAACUUUUUAUAGUUGUAAAAUUCCAUGAUUAUCCCAUUGCCAAAGAAACACCAGGGACUUUGUAUAGAUGUAUAAAAAGCAACUAAUUUUUUAAGAAUAAACAUUUUUAGGUCUACAAACCUGCUGUGUUGAAUGCUAAACAAACACACAAGUUAGUUGGUUGGGUUUUCUUUUCCUUUGUAGCUUUCCAGCUUUAAACUUGUUUGAUUUUUAUAUUUUGACAAUAAGCAAACGUUUGAAAUGUUCUUCCAUUAUACAAAGUGAUCCAAUUAUUCUCUUGUGAGAAAUUCAUUUUGUAGGUUUUGGCAUAUUGUAGAAUUUGUCCUGAUUAAGGGGAUUUUUCAAGUAAAAACAAACCUUGACACUUCAUGGCACAAUUUACAGUGCAUCUUAGGGGUAACUCAUAAAGUGAAAAGGAGCCAGGCACAUGAGUCUUUUUGUUCCCUUUGAUGUGCUCAGAAGUUAAAAAAAAGUCUCCAUGUUUCAAUUCCUAAAAUGUUGACUUUGUUUUAAUAUUGUUGACAUAAUUCAAUUAAAAGUGAUUUCUUAGUGUUUGCAGUUGCUUAACUUUUGAUGGACUGUGGCUUGGAGACAUCGACUGCUCAUUCUUAAACCAAUAUCCCAACAGUGAUUUGGUAUGGAGUAAACUUUGUCCAUCUUGAGUUGCUAGUUACAACUUCUUUUGAUAUUAAGUUAUAAUUAGAAACAAUAGUCUGCUAAUUUGUAUUUUGUAUGUGUAUAUGAAAGCCACAGGAAUAAAGGGAUCCAAAGAUUAAAACAUUUUUAUCUAAUUUGCUGAUCUUUUUUUUCCUCGUUCAUGUUCAGUAGCGAUAAAAUGCGGAUAACUGCACUGUUAGAAAAUGGGAAUAUUUAAGUGAUAGAACCAUAAUUUUAUAUCUUUUGUAUAGCACUAUAAGGAAGUAUUUUGUAAUUGGUUUCCUUAUGAGGUCAAGUAUUUGGCAGCCGUAGAAGUAAGAUACUCUUGUUUAGUACUAUUUUGCAUGUUAACAACAAGGCCUUUUGGGGAUCCAGAAAUCAUGAUACUGAACAGUUUUGAGGGGAUUUUUUAAGACAAAGGGCAAGUGUUGUGCCGUUGCAAUAACUGUGUAUCCUGUAUGAGAUGACCCAAGUUUAUUUAAACCAGAUGAAUUGUAAAUACCCAUGCAACAUGCUGCGAAGGUAUGAAUUGGUUCCAAUUUACCCACCAGUCCUUUGGGUGUUGUACUUGUUGGGGUGUGUUGUGCCCCAGUAAACAGCAGUGUGACAUACCUCCAGUGCUACAGAAAAGCAGGGCGUUUAUUUUAAGCCAGAAUAAAACCAUUCAAUUAAAA